CUACGUUAGUGAAAAUAUUUCAUUAAAAAAAUGUGAUAACUUUAAAAUCUUGAAAAAUUUGAUUUUAGGAAAAAUUUUUUGUAUAUCCUAAUAUUUACCUCUUCGAAACAAACAUUUUUUUCUUUUGAUUUUUUUUUUCAUAUUGUUACAAACAACAGAUAUGCUAAAUAAUCAUGUUACAGAAAACACUCUCUGUAAUUAUAUUUAUGAUUCUAUGAUAACAGUUGUAAUCUUUUUUUUAAAUAUCGUAUAAAUAUUAUAAAAAAAUAUCUAAAAAAUAUUUCUAUAAUAUAAAAUAUAAAAAUAUGCUAAUGUGCUGUAUAUUUAACAGUUUAAUGUAGAAAAGUUAUGCUAAGUCCGUUGUAUAGUCGUCCAGAGCAUAUUUUAUUACAUUAAGGACCACUUUAACCAACUUCGAUUAACUUUCGAUAAUUAACUCAAUCCACAGAGUUGUCAAUAUAGAAAGGAAAAUAGUUUAUUAUUAUUAGAUCAAGACGCAAAAUUUUUCUUUUGUCUCUUUAUAAUAUAUUUGAUCGCAUCUGAUAUAUUUUAUGGUUUUAAUAUGGCUGAAAUUGUUAAUUUUUUAUUAUAUAAUGAACACGUACUGUUGGCAAUAUUGCUGAUAGAAUUAAUUGUCGAUUAAAGUUAACUGAAAUUAGUUGAAGUAGCCUUUAAUCAUAUAAAAAUAAAUAUAUCGUAAUUAUUCUAUUACCCUAAGCUUCCUGCAUCAACAAAAUUUCUGUUUUUUAAACCCCUAGCAGAGAGGGUGAGAAUAAUUUCGAUUCUGCUCGUACCAAUGUGUCUUCGCAAAUUUUAGAUGCGAAUGAAGCUGAUAGGCAUCCUUGCCGGUCAAACGGCGUCGAACAAAACUGGAACGAAAACAUCGGUCCCCAAACGCAAAAAAGAGAAAAAGUCGCAGGUGAAAGAUUGCGAAGAAAAGCGUAAUUUGUUCGGCUGCGACGUCUGUCCUAAACGUUUCCAGAGUCAGUACUUAUUGAAACAGCACAUGCUCACACAUAAGGCAGAGAUCGUGCGUGGAUGCAAAACGGAAGUAAAAAAAGAGAAUUCCGCUUUCACUGAUGUAGUGCCGCGAAAUCAGGAAGCUCUCUCGUGCGUAACUUGCAAUUUCCGUUGUAAUAAGAGAUCCACGAUGAUCGCGCAUCUCGCCGAGAAGCACGAGAAAACCGCGGACAACAGUAAACUCAGCAGCAACAAGUUUAUCUGCAUCAUCUGCGGCUUGGUAUGCGCCCGCAAGGAGACUCUGAGAUCUCACUUCGUCCGCAAGCACACUCAUCACUUCAGCUACUCGUGUGAGCACUGCGGUAAGGAAUUCAAAAUCAAGGGCGAUCUUACCACGCACACUCGGCUGAAUCAUCGGGAACCACCAGUGAUAUGUGAUGUCUGCGGUAAGACUUGCCGGAACAGCCACAGUCUGUACACCCAUCAGAAGCACGCGCAUUACAAGGCGAAGUACGAGUGCCCGCUGUGCCAUCGGCGGCUCGUUACGCAGGAAAAUCUAGAUCAGCACAUGUUGACGCAGCAUGAGAGGAAAGAGAAGUCAGUGUGCGAGGAGUGCGGCAAAACCUUCUUCGAGAAUUACGAUCUGAAAAAGCACAUGAGGAUCCACACGGGUGAUAAGCCGUACGGUUGCACGGUCUGUGGCAGAAUGUUCGCCAGGCACAGCAGCCUGAGCCAGCAUCUCCUUCUGCACACCGGCGAGCGUAUCUAUACGUGCGAUGUUUGCGGCAAAUCGUUUGCUCAGAAGGCGGGUCUCAUCUGCCACAGGAAGAUCCACUCAGGCGUUCUGCCGCCCCUGCCCGUAAUACAUAUCGAUCACAUACUGAAGGAGUUUAUCAAGAAAUGAGAUCACGUGACUUGAAUUGUUGGUGCCUCGCGAUCUUUAUCUUUCAUUUUUUAUAUGAUAAAUAAAUAAUGUAAAUAUCGCGUUUGCAUUGCAAUCAAGAUAUAUUUCUGAUUGAUCACUGAAAUGUAAAGGAAAAAAAAUUGCAUAAGGUACAAGACACUUGCUCAUAAUGACUGAUGAUACAGAUAUAAAAAAUUCAAAUGAG